CAAGCAACAAAAAUAAAAUUCUCACCAAACAGAACGACAGUCGGCUGUGAAAGUCCGUUCAAUUUUCAAGUACUGGUACAAGUUGUGAAGUUGCCAAAUCCCAACCAACGAGUCAGAAGAGCAGCGGCGAAAAUGUCCGCCACCUGCGCAAAAUGCGAAAAACCCCUAGAAGUCGAAGUCAACAAUGAAGACUUCUCCGACGAAGAAGGCGACAUUUCCAUGAACGACGACAACAACGAGAAAACACCUCAAACCGUACCAGACGACGUCCUCCUCUCCUGCGGCGACCACUUCCACUGGGAAUGCUUACUCGAAUCCUACGAAAUCGAUACAUGCCCCAAAUGCUCUCGAGACAUCACAACAGGCGCAGCAGCAGCAAGCUCCUCAUCAUCCUCAGCUCCAGCAACAGAAACUCAAAUCCUAGUCGACCUCAACAACGAAGGCGGCCUGCAACACAAUCUCGACAUCUUCCCAAUUUUAAAAGAAGAAUCCUAUCUACGCGCCUACCCUGAAGAGCGGAAAUGUCGCGCAUUUCUCGAAUUUUGUAGGGAAGGGGAUCACCGUGCGAUUGCGGAUCUUAUCAAAAGCUGCAGUGAACCCGAGGAGGAUGAGGAUGAAGACGAAGAACCUUCCGGACCUCCCAAGACUGCAGACGAGAUUCUUCGCUAUCAAGACCCGAUUGGCGAUAUGCAAUCGGGACUUCACGCUGCUGUGGCGAAUGGCCAUCGUGAGGUUGCUUGGUUGCUUUUGCUGCUUGCAAGCGAGUAUCCAGAACUCGAGUUCCCGGCGUUGGUGUUCCAGGAAGCGGCUUCGCUGGGUUUGAUGCGCGAAGAGCAGUCCGGCAAGGUUGAUAUCAGGAGUCUGAAGGACGCGCAUGGCAGGACGGCAGAAGAUGUCGCACAGCAAGCAGGAAUAGUAUGGCAUGGGUGGAUUGGAAAUGGGAGGUUGGCAGUUUCCUGAAGGGCAUUCUGCCGUCACUAGCAAAGCGCGCGCGCUUCGAACAGAUGCACGAGUGCAACAAAGCUGUGGCUUCUAUCUAUGUCUAUUCGUUUGAACACGAGAUCGAUCUGCAAAAGAUGUGGAAGAAUCGGACAGGAGCCUUGCAUCUUCAGCCGAACAG